AUGAAGCACCAGCGAUGCCACCAGCUUUCUGCCUUGAAGGCGGCGCUCCCCGCCGCGCUCUCCCCAGCGCUCACCAUGGCGCUCUGGCUUGUCGCCUUCAACGUCUCGUCCUGCCACGCGCAAGUGAUCAAUGCUUCUCAAGGGUUGUUUCUCAGCGACGUCAAGACGGGAUGGGGCAUGGGGUGGAAGGUGGGAGACAAAUGCAGCACUGCGGCAUCUAUCCUGUGCGACGCUUCAGGCAUGAUCACCUCGAUGGAUCUUAGCAGCAACAGUCUCACGGGCUCCAUUCCUGACAGUAUCACUGCGCUCACGGCACUCGGAUAUCUGAAUCUUCGGAAGAACAAUCUCACGGGUCCUAUUCCCGACAGCCUCCCUGUUCCGCAAUCGUUCUUCCCUUCUGCCUCACCGCCACCACCUAAGCCUGCUGAUGGCGGUCUUGUUCCGCGGUGGGCUGUCCCUUCUACCUCACCACCACCACCUAAGCCUUCUGGUUCUGUCACUCCACCUGUCAGUGUGGUGGCCGCUGCCAUUGCUGUUGCGCUUACCUCACUGCUCUUUGUGUAG